GGGAGAGCACUGGGGUUGAUCCCGAUCGAUGGAGUUCACUCUCUAAAUCAGGAGAUCUGCCUAAGAAUGUGGUCUGCGUGGUGUGCUGGGGAAGAGAAGCGGGUCGGUACACGCACCGUGGUGGUCGGGCACCGUCCAGUUUCGGAAACAGAUGCGUACGUGGCACAGAAGUUCUGCGACAACAGGAUAGUCUCCUCCAAGUACACCCUCUGGAACUUUCUCCCGAAGAACCUUUUUGAGCAGUUUAGAAGAAUUGCCAACUUCUACUUCCUCAUCAUCUUCCUCGUGCAGGUGAUAGUGGACACCCCAACCAGUCCAGUGACCAGUGGCCUCCCGCUCUUCUUUGUCAUCACUGUCACAGCUAUCAAACAGGGAUACGAGGACUGGCUGAGGCACAGAGCUGACAAUGAAGUGAACAAAAGCAAUGUCUUCAUUGUCGAAAAUGCAAAACAAGUGCAGAAAGAGAGUGAAAAAAUCAAGGUUGGAGACAUAGUAGAAGUGAAAGCAGAUGAGACCUUCCCCUGUGACUUGAUAUUUUUGGCCUCUAGCAGCAUUGACGGGACCUGUUAUGUCACUACAGCAAGUCUUGAUGGCGAGUCCAAUUUCAAGACUCACUACGCAGUGCGGGAUACCACUGUACUCUGUACGGAUGAAGCCAUUGACGCCCUCACUGCCACGAUUGAGUGUGAACAGCCACAGCCCGACCUCUACAAAUUUGUUGGAAGAAUUAUCAUCUACAGAAGCAACCAAGAGCCUGUAGCCAGGUCUUUGGGUCCUGAAAAUCUGUUGCUGAAAGGUGCUACCCUCAAAAAUACCAAGAAGAUUUAUGGAGUUGCAGUCUAUACUGGAAUGGAAACGAAAAUGGCUUUGAACUACCAAGGGAAAUCUCAGAAACGGUCUGCUGUAGAAAAAUCUAUCAACGCUUUCUUGAUAGUGUAUUUGUGCAUCCUAUUGAGCAAGGCUACUGUGUGCACGACUCUGAAAUAUGUCUGGCAGAGUAAUCCAUUUAAUGAUGAGCCUUGGUACAAUGAGAAGACUAAAAAAGAGAGAGAGACAUUCAAGGUCUUGCGGAUGUUCACAGACUUCUUGUCAUUUAUGGUCCUCUUCAACUUUAUUAUCCCAGUCUCCAUGUACGUUACAGUAGAGAUGCAGAAGUUCUUGGGUUCCUUCUUCAUAUCUUGGGACAAGGAGAUGUACGAUGAAGAAAUAAAAGAGGGGGCGUUGGUCAACACCUCUGACCUGAAUGAAGAGCUCGGGCAGGUGGAGUACAUCUUCACGGACAAAACUGGGACCCUGACUGAGAACAGCAUGGAGUUCAUAGAGUGCUGUAUAGAUGGGCACAAGUACAAAGACUGCAUUUCGGAGGUGGAUGGCUUCUCUCAGACCGAUGGACCCCUAAAAUAUGGCAAAGCAGAAAAGAGCCGCGAGGAGCUGUUCCUGCGAGCCCUCUGCCUGUGCCACACUGUUCAGAUCAAGGAAGCAGACCAGGUGGAUGGGCUGAUAGGACAUCCAGAACGCAAAUACACCUAUAUCUCCUCUUCCCCAGAUGAAAUUGCUUUGGUGAAAGGCGCAGAAAAGUAUGGUUUCACUUUUCUAGGACUUGAAAAUGAUUUCAUGAAAAUACGAAACCAAAAGAAUGAAACUGAAAUGUACCAACUUCUCCAUGUGUUGAACUUCGAUCCUGUCCGUCGUCGUAUGAGUGUCAUUGUGAGAACCACCACCGGAAAGUUGCUUCUCUUCUGUAAAGGAGCAGACUCCUCUAUUUUUCCAAGGGUGCAGCAAGAAGAAAUCCAACAAACAAAAGUCCAUGUGGACCGCAACGCUAUGGAUGGUUACCGAACGCUCUGCGUGGCAUUCAAAGAACUAACUCAAAAAGAGUAUGACAAAAUUGACAGACAACUUAAUGAAGCUAAGAUGGCUCUGCAGGACAGGGAGGAAAAGAUGGCGAAGGUUUUUGAAGACACAGAAGCAGACAUGCACUUGAUUGGGGCUACUGCCGUAGAAGACAGGCUGCAGGAGCAGUCGGCAGAGACGAUCGAGGCCCUGCACGCAGCCGGCAUGAAGGUUUGGGUGCUGACGGGAGACAAGAUGGAAACUGCCAAAUCCACCUGCUAUGCCUGCAGGCUCUUCCAGACCAGCACCGAGCUUCUGGAGCUGACAGCAAAAACAGUGGGUGAGAGCGAAAGAAAGGAGGAUCGGCUCCAUGAGCUGCUGAUGGAGUACCAUAAAAAGCUGAUUCAGGAUGUUCCCAAAAACCGGGGAGGCCUGAAGAGAAGCUGGACGUUGAGUCAAGAGUAUGGCCUGAUUAUAGAUGGCUCAACACUGUCGCUGAUACUCAACCCUUCUCAGGACUCCAGUUCUAGUAAUUACAAAAACAUAUUUCUACAAAUCUGCUUGAAGUGUACUGCAGUCCUCUGCUGCCGGAUGGCUCCUUUGCAGAAAGCACAGAUUGUGCGAAUGGUGAAGAACACAAAAGGGAGCCCAAUAACCCUUUCCAUAGGGGAUGGCGCAAAUGAUGUUAGUAUGAUUUUGGAAGCACAUGUUGGAAUAGGUAUAAAAGGCAAAGAAGGACGGCAGGCUUCCAGAAACAGCGACUAUGCUGUGCCAAAGUUUAAACAUUUAAGAAAAUUGCUACUAGCACAUGGGCAUUUAUAUUAUGUGAGAAUAGCACACCUUGUACAGUAUUUCUUCUAUAAGAACCUUUGCUUCAUUUUACCACAGUUUUUAUACCAGUUCUUCUGUGGAUUCUCACAGCAGCCACUGUACGAUGCUGCUUAUCUUACAAUGUACAACAUCUGCUUCACAUCACUCCCUAUCCUGGCAUACAGCCUCCUGGAGCAGCAUAUCAACAUCGACACACUGACCUCAGAUCCUCAGCUGUAUAUGAAGGUUUCAGAUAAUGCAAUGCUGCAGUGGAGGCCGUUCCUGUACUGGACCUUUCUGGGCGCCUUUGAAGGACUCGUGUUUUUCUUUGGGGUUUAUUUUCUUUUUCAAAAUUCAUCGUUGGAAGAUAACGGAAAGGUUUUUGGGAACUGGACCUUUGGGACGAUUGUUUUCACCGUGCUGGUGUUCACCGUCACUCUGAAGCUAGCGUUAGAUACCCGAUUCUGGACGUGGAUGAACCACUUUGUGAUUUGGGGCUCCCUUGCCUUCUAUGUGUUUUUCUCAUUCUUUUGGGGAGGAGUCAUUUGGCCUUUCUUGAAGCAGCAAAGAAUGUAUUUUGUAUUUGCCCAUAUGCUGACUUCUGUUUCCACUUGGCUGGCAAUAAUUCUCCUGAUCUUUAUCAGCCUUUUCCCAGAAAUUCUUCUAAUAGUUUUAAAAAAUAUAAAAGAGAAGAGUCAUCAGAGCAGCAGGAAGGCACCUGAUUCAUUGUCGGCCAGACCUUCUAUCAGACCACUUCUUUUAAGAACGUUCUCAGAUGAGUCUAAUGUGUUGUAACAGACCGGCCCCUUUGAUCUGCCUAUGUUAAUCUCAUACAAACGUAUAGAGAAUGGUUAUGUGAAGACUGAAGAUGCUGUUACUAAUUUGGCAGAAAGAUAUCCUCUCAGGAUACUUUAAAGUGCUCCAUACAAACACUGCAUAUUGUCAUGCUGUAGGAAAAAACCAUGGUUUUAACCUAACAGUUCUCUUUAAUAUUGCCAAGUACAGUAAGCAGCCAUGCUGAUAAAGCAGUAGCCAGGACACUGGCCCCACAGUACUCGCUUGUCUUUGGGCUUGUGGCUUCCCCACCC